ACCCGGCUACCAGUUAGUUCACUUCCUUUGUCCAAGUCAACCAGACACACGUGUCCACAUGCACAUACACACAUGCAUUCACCCACACCCCAUGCUUCUGACUUCUUCUCUAUGGUCUGUAGAGAAGCGGUGGUGAUCAUGGUAGGGUACCGGAGAGGUGACGGACACAGUGACAGUGCAAAUGUAGGCGAGGCUGAUGUGGGCACCACCCCGUCACAUCCUCACUGCCCCCAUCGCCGUCACCACACACGCCCCAACAACAUCACCAGAGGGCCAAAAAAUUGCACUCCGAGGAAAGAAAUGAAAGGCGGGCACUUGUCGCGAUCACUUGCCGCCCCACCAGCUGGUGAACCGCCCCAGCAGACCUAACAUGACACACACGUGAUACAUGUGUGUGGGUGUGCGCGUGUGGAUGCAUCCAGCAAAAGAAGAACUCACCUUUGCUCUCCUUCUUGACGCGGUGAGAAAUGUCGGGCGGUGGAAACGACGACAGAGCCUACAUGCACACACGACACGCACAACACGCUGUCCAUCUGCAGUGCCGACAGACAGACGGAUGCACAGGCGCACUGACUGACCAGGUCGAACAGCAGCGGUUUGCAGGCGAUCGGCUCUAUGGCUGGCGGAAAGGCAUUCAAAUCGCCAGCCUACACAUACAAAUGCAGAGAUACAUAAAGGUGGGUCUGUGUUUCGUUGGGGCACCUUGACAGUGGUAGCUGCUGCUGCUGCUGUGGAGGCAGCAGCAGCAGCAGAGGCCGAUGACGCACCGGCCACGCCAGCACCAGCACUGGCGGCCUUGUCCAGGGGAUCCUCCAAGCCGCUGUCUGCUUAUCACACACACGCACACACAUAUAUUCAGAUGUUCCCCUCUCCCUCUCUCUCUGUGCCGUGCUGCGCACCUUGGGCCACCACUUUUGCAGCAAGCCUCGCGCGCCACCGCCGUAGACGAGAGGGCAGGUCAUCCUGUCAACAUUCCAAUGGGUGGAUGGAUGUGUGUGUGUGUGUGUGAUGGAUUUACCUGCAGUCGCCUGACGAGCGUGUGUAUGUGUGAGUAGGGGCUGGGUGCGGUCGGCGGCAGAGACACGUCAGACCGAGACAGAGCUAGGUCCGUCAGCACUGCGCUCACACACACACGCACCGUCACAUCGCCACAUCGCCACUGGGUGUGUGUGUGUGUGGCCAUCCAUCCAUCCAUCCAUCCAUACCAUAUGCCUCCUGGAGCUUGCCCGAGGCCGCGUUGCAGAGAGCGACGAACCAGCACCUGCACUCGUCCAUCCAUCCAUCCACCCACCCCCUCACACACACACCCACGCAUCUGUGUGUGCAUGCCUGUAGUUGGCGGCCACGUGCAGGUAGCUCUGCAGCGCCUCGCAGAGACCCUCGCUGAUCGGCAGCUUCGACGCCUGCACUCCGUCCAUCCUUCGAUUCAUGCAUGUGUGUGGGUGUUGGGUGUAUGGGUGUUUCUGACCUUGUCUGCGUCUUCAUGGUACUCCGGGCAGAGGUCAAGAGCCGAGGAGACGUUCUGCAGACACACAGGCAUCCGGAAAUGUGUACCGACACACACACACACACAGACUAACCUCCUUGAUGAGCUCGCAGAAGCGCACCCCUUCCUCAGGCUUCACCUUGCCACGCACCAGAUCUGCCGAUACACGUGACGUGGACAGAUGUGUGUCAGUCUCUGCCCCGCGGCGCGUCCAUCUGUGUGUGUGCGAUGGGGUGGUGCUCCGUUGCCUACCGUCCUGAGCGGCGUGCAGCUUGUGGAUGCUUAUUAGCAGCAGCAGGAGAUUGCGCUCUAUGUUCAGCACCGCAGUCUGCUCCUUCACGUAACCUGCAUUGCAACCACCCACCCACACACACAAAUUUCUCUGUUUGGUUAUGUGUCUUUCUCUGUGUUGUGUUGUGGUGUGUUGUGGUGUUGUGUGUGUGUUGUGGUGUUGUGUGUGUAGUGGGGGUGGCGUACUUUCGACAGCGCUCCAUUGGGGUGAGUCGGGAUCGCCGCCCUGCACACACACAUAUAUAUACAGGUGUAUAUCUGUGCGUGUGGGGGCUGUGUGUUGGGUGUUGGGUGCGAGUCUCACCAUGUUGAUCAUGUCCUUGUGGACCUGCUUGAGCACCUCGGCAUAGGAGGCAGAGAUCUCGCCAUACCUAUGGCACACACACACACACGAGGGGUGUGCAUGUGUGUGUCUGUGCCUGUGCGUACUUCUCAAUGACGUCGUUGCCGUCCAGGCCCUCGAAAUCCCUCUCUCUGUGUGCGCACACAUCCGCCCAUGUGGCCACACGUGUGCGUGUGUGUGUGUGUGUACGUGGCCUUGUCGAUGUCGACACAGUUAGACAGGCGCAGCUCGUCGCACCGAAUCAGACCAGCCGACACCUUCUCCUACACAUCCACGGGCGCACACACACACUUGCACGCCUCUCGCUCUCCCUCUCUCUCCCUCUCAGUGCGUGUGUCUGCGCGCUUACCGAGGGAAUGACGACUCUCUGGCCGCGCCAGGAGGUGUGGUCGCCGUCAGCAGAGGCAGAGGCACCACCGCCGCUCAUGUCGUUGAGCACACCUGCCGAAGCGGCACUAGCCGCUGUGCCGGUCUUGCCUUCCUGCACACACACAUGGCGGGAUGCCAUGGAAGCUGUGGUGGGUAUGGGUGAGUGCUUGCCUUGUGUUUGUGUGAGUCGCCCCCUCUCUGGUCUGCACUGAGCCGCCCCAGGUGGUAGCGGCAGAUGCGCAGCUUCGGAUCGAGCUCGUCCAACUGCACAAGACACACGCACAUCCGUGUAGCGGGCACAGUGGGUGAAUGGAUGUGUACGAGUGCAUUGUGCGCACCUUUUCCUUGAACGCGGUUGCCUGCGUGUCCUCAGACACCCUGCACACACACAGACACACCACCACACAUAGAUCGACACCAAGGUGGGCCACGGCACUCACGCACACACGCACCGCAGCAGCUGUUCCCAGAGAGUUUUCGCCUGCCCGAAGCCAUCCACCGCAUCCUGAUUGCACACACAGACACACAAGCGUCCACACGUGACUUGUGUGUGUGUGUGCGUGUGUGUGUGUGUCUGGCUCUACCUGCCACUCUUCCCUCUCCAGGUGGUACUCGCCCUGCAUCCAGCACCUGUAGGCCUGCGCGUCGAUGCACGUCUUCUUGUCGCAGUGGAUGCCGCACAUCUGCUCCAGACGCUUCGCCCAACUCACAGCCUGAUAAUAAUACGCCACAAUAUCACUCACACACACACACAAAAGGCUAGACCCACCGACCGACCUACCUUUGCAAAUCGCCGGAUUGAGUGGAGCCGCGCGCGAGGGUUCUGAGGACACACCAAAUGUAAGCAGUCGUGUGAAUGUAUACCAACACACACACACACACACACACCACAGCGUGUGUGUACCAGCUGUUCAGCGGCGGCGUUGGUGGCCUUGAGCUGCACGGCAUAGCUCCACGCACGCUCCGCAUUCACCAACGGCAGCAGCAGGAACCUGCACACACAUACACACACACAGUCACACGGAUGGGCGUACACAUCUGUUUGCCCAUGCUCUCUCUCUCUGCGUGUGUGUGUGUGAGUGUGUGUGUAUGGGUACCGGUCGUCGCUGAAGUCAGCAGGAAUCGCCUUGGCAACAUACCUACAACCACACCAUAUGGAUGCACGUGGCUGCCCUGUGUGUGUGUCUGGGGGCGGCAUGAGCCUCACCGUGAUCGUCCGUGUUUGAACUUGAGCGAAGAUCUGAUUCGUUUCAGUCGCCUGGCGCAGUACUGUCUGUAGCGGUGGUAGUCGUUGUGACGCAGACCGUUCUGCUGCUGCUGCUGACGACACACCUCCAACACUGCACCACACACACAUUCAUAGUGGCCGGAUGGCACACCAGUCUGGCUGCAGACCUACCGUUGAGCGAGAAGGGUUCGUGUGUGGGCUGUGUGGGCGCCACGGCCACGCACUCGCCCUCAGGCUCCACCUCACCACUCGCUGGCGGCACAUCUGCGGACAUAGACGCAUCCACGUGGACGGGAGAUCUCAUCUCUGGGUGCCUGCAAGAAUGAGAUAAGCCGCUUUCUCACCUGUUGUGGCGUUAGCGUUCACAUCGUCCGUUGCUGCCUCCUUGAUGCCGCCGUUGACCUCCUCGCCCGUGGCUGCUGCUUUGGGAGACGACGCCAU